AUGGCUGAAAUCGUUGUCGGAGCCGUUGUCACUGUUCUGAUUGAGAAGCUACUCACCGGUGAGUUGAUAAAGUUUGCUCGAUCAGAAGGAAUCGAUUCUCAGCUAAUAAAUUGGAGGAAAAAGUUACCUCUGAUUCAAGCUGUUCUGGCUGAUGCGGGCCAGAAGGAAAUUACACAAAAAGCUGUUCAACUGUGGCUGCUUGAGCUCCAGGAGUUGGCUUACGACAUAGACGAUGUACUUGAUGAUAUCGCCACUGAAGUCUUAAAGCGUAAGUUGAAUCAUGAAGAAUCUCAAGGCACUAGUACUAGUAAGGUAAUGAAGAUCAUCCCAGCUUGUUGUACUAAUUUCACUCCACAUAACUUCAUGUAUGGUCGAGGGAUUAGUUCUAAGCUAGACAAGAUUACCGCUAGAAUGAAUGAUCUUUUUCAGCAGAAAAAUGAUUUGGGUUUGGAUGUAAAUGUUGAAAAGUCAAGUAGAACAAAUAAACCAUUGGAAGAAACUUCAUUGGUUGAUGUGUCAAGGAUUUUUGGUCGGGAAGAAGAUAAAGAGACAUUGCUCGAGAAGCUUACUGGGGAUAAAGCAAGUAAGGAUCUCGAUUUGGAAAUCGUGUCCAUAGUUGGUCUUGGUGGGGUCGGAAAAACCACUCUUGCCAGAGUCUUGUACAAUGACGAGAAAGUGAAGGUUCACUUCGAACUCAGAGCAUGGGUUUGUGUUUCCGAUGAGUUUGAUGUAUCCAAUGUGAGCAAAGCUAUUUAUCAAGCCGUUUGUGGGGAAAACAAAGAAUUUACUAAUCUCGAUCUGCUUCAUGUGGCUCUUAAUCAAAAACUUUUAAACAAAAGAUUCCUACUCGUUCUAGAUGACGUGUGGAACGAAGACCACAAGAAGUGGGAAGUCCUCCAACGGCCACUUGUUGGAGCACCUGGAAGUAAAGUUAUUGUGACAACCCGAAGCAUCAUGGUUGCAUCAGUCAUGAACUCGGUUCAACCUUACAAGCUGGGAGUUUUGUCAGAUGAGGUAGCUUUGUCUUUGUUUGCUCGGUGUGCACUCGAAGAACAAAACUUUGGCGAACAUCCAUCACUUAAGCCUAUUGCUCAAGGUAUUGUUAAGAAGUGUGAUGGUUUGCCUUUGGCUCUGGUAACACUUGGGAGGGCCUUGAAGACCAAAGGAACUCAUGUUGUUGAUUGGGAGGAGUUGUUGAAAAGUGAGAUAUGGAGUUCACAUGACGAACGUGAUAUUCUCCCCGCACUUAAGCUGAGUUACUAUCAUCUCCCUUCACAUCUAAAGCAAUUGUUUGCAUAUUGCUCCAUUUUUCCGAAGGACUAUGAGUUUGAAAAGAACAAACUCAUCCUAUUGUGGAUGGCACAAGGGUUUCUGUCCCAAACAAAGGACAAAAACCAACCAAUGGAGACUUUGGGUGGUAAGUAUUUCAAAGACCUUUUGUCAAGGUCCUUUUUUCAGCCAUUGAGGAAUGAUGAAUCGAAAUAUAUAAUGCAUGACUUGAUGAAUGACUUGGCCACAAGUGUUGCAGGGGAGUUUUUCUUUAGGUUGGAUGAGAAUGUGGAUCCAAAUGGUAACAAUGAAGCUUAUGAAAAGUUCCGUCACUUUUCAUUCAUAGGUAAACGAGUUGAAGAAGUUAAAAAGUUUAAGGAAUUACAUAGAGCUAGAUGGUUGCGAACGUUCUUACCUAUCUCAGUUGGUGGUUGCGGGACAUUGGACAAUGUUGCUGCAGAAUUACUUCCCCACUUACACUUCCUAAGGGUGCUAAGUUUAACUAAUUCGUCAAUUACAGAGGUACCACAAUCCAUUGGUAAUCUCAAGCAUUUAAGGUACCUUAAUUUUUCUCACACGGACAUCCGACAUAUACCAGAAGAAGUGAGCGAACUAUAUAAUCUGCAAAGCUUGUUGGUUCGUUCGUGUCGUAAGUUAUCUAGAUUACCAGUCACUUUUGUAAAGCUAAUAAACCUGCGACAUCUUGACAUGACUUAUACUCCAUUAUUGGAGAAGUUUCCUUCAGGGAUUCGUGGGUUGGUGAGUCUACAAACAUUAUCCAAGGUUGUUAUACAAGAAGAUGAUGGGUUGAAAUUAGCUGAGUUGAACGGCCUAAAGGAUCUUCAAGGUGAACUAUCCAUUGAGGGGUUGGAGAAAGUUAUAGAUCCAAUCGAAGCAAAGGAUGCUAAUUUACAACAAAAGAAGGGACUCGAUAAUUUAAAAUUGGUAUGGGGUGAUGCUUUUCCGAAUAAUACAACUAAUGAUGAUGACGUAAUUGAAAAGCUAAGGCCCCACCCCAAGUUGAAAACAUUAUAUAUAAAAGGGUACAGGGGAAUGAAAUUUCCAAGUUGGCUGGGGGAUCCUUCAUUUGAUCAGUUGACACAUCUUGCGUUAAGUGAUUGUAAGAAUUGUACAGAAUUAGCAACUCUUGGGCCUCUCACUUCACUUAGCGAGUUGAGACUAUUUAACUGUUCAAAAUUGGUAUCAAUUAAGGGAGACAAAGAGGUGGUUCAUGUGGGGAGUAGCAUCAUGGGAUCUCUUAGGCAUGUGGUUCUUUUCCGUUGUGAUUCAUUGGAGAGUUACUGUUGUCCAACUAGUGUUGAGUUUUUGGAAAUAACCAGAUGUGAUUCAAUGACAUCAUUGACCUUCUCUAAAUUGCAGAAGGACCUUCCAUCAUCAUCAUCAUCAAUCUCUAAUCUGAAGACUCUUUGGAUCUAUGAUUGCAAGAAUAUAAAGUCAUUAUCUCAAGAGAAUUUGCAAAGUCUCACAUCUUUGGAAGAGAUGAAGAUAAAUAAUUGUCCAAGAAUGGGGGAUUCAUUUCCAUCAUGUGGGUCGUGGCCUCCUAAUAUAAGGGAGUUGAGAAUAGGAGAAUUAAAAAAGCCAUUGUCAGAAUGGGGGCUUCAAAAUUACCCUUCCUCACUUGUUGAAUUAGUGUUAUUUGGAAGGCAUUCAGGAGUGGUUUCGUUUGGAAUAGACGAACAAGAUUAUAAUAAUAUGAGUUCAUCAUGUUUUCUUCUUCCACCAUCUCUUACAUAUUUAGAAAUCUGGGAAUUUGAAGAAUUAGAAUCAGUUUCAGAGGUCUUACAACACCUCCCUUGCCUUCAAAACCUUCAUAUUUUUAAAUGCCCUAAGCUUAGAGAUGCACCAAAGACAACUUCAUCUUUGAGAGUUAAUGUGAAAACACGGUAGAAAAGGAAGGCACCGGGGUUAUACCUUGGCAGAAGCAUUGACACGUCAUGACUAAGUUGGAAAUUUCAUCACAUGUCAGUGCAAAAUUUUUGAAAGGAUGAUCAAAGGAGAAGCAUUCCGAAAGUUUCAGGGCUGUGAUGGAAAGUGUUUGCAAUUGAUAGUGUAGCUAUUUAAAACUUGCAAAUCUGUUUAUGGUGAUCUGUAUUGUUGUAAGCUGUAACGUAAUCUUUUUUCAAGUUCCAUUGAGCAAUUGAUGGUACAUGGAAAUGUGUUUCUUUUGUGUUGUUCAAAUGGGAUUCAAAUUUGCAAACUAUACUAAUGAGUUGGCUUAAUUACUGUUGCGGUCUAUUCAGGUGUCCUGAUUUCCUUCAAAUGUAACAUUGCAUGUCUCUUGACUAAGAUUACAUAAAGGAAGCUGGACUGUUACUUUUGGAAGAAAAUAGUUGAAAUGGAAAUACUCUGUAUAUUGAUAUUACAG